GCUAUGACAGUAUAAUCCCCCGCUGCUUUAGUGACAGCGCGAGAGAAGCUAGCAGAUAAGCGAAAAUAUAUUCUAUCGUUUAUCUGUUCAUUUAACCACAGAAGUAAUGGACAAUUCCGGGAAAGAAAAGGAGGCAAUUCAGCUUAUGGCUGACGCCGAUAAGAAAGUGAAGUCUUCCGGCUCUUUUUUAGGAGGAAUGUUUGGGGGAAAUCAGAAAGUGGAAGAGGCUUGUGAGAUGUACGCCAGAGCGGCCAACAUGUUCAAAAUGGCCAAAAACUGGAGUGCUGCAGGCAAUGCUUUCUGUCAGGCAGCCAGACUUCACAUGCAGCUUCAGAAUAAGCACGAUUCGGCCACCAGCUACGUCGAUGCGGGAAAUGCCUUCAAGAAGGCAGAUCCACAUGAGGCUAUCAAGUGCUUAAACGCAUCCAUUGAUAUUUACACAGACAUGGGAAGAUUCACCAUCGCAGCCAAGCAUCAUAUCACAAUCGCUGAGGUGUACGAGUCAGAGCUGGUGGACAUUGAGAAGGCGAUUGCACAUUAUGAACAAGCUGCUGACUAUUACAAAGGAGAGGAAUCAAACAGCUCUGCAAACAAGUGUCUGCUGAAGGUGGCUUCAUACAGCGCUCAGUUAGAACAGUACCCCAAAGCAAUAGAGAUUUAUGAGCAGGUUGGAUCCAACACCAUGGACAAUCCCCUUCUGAAAUACAGUGCCAAAGAAUACUUCUUCAAAGCUGCUUUGUGUCACUUCAUCGUGGACGAGCUAAACGCAAAGCUCGCUAUUGGAAAGUAUGAAGAGAUGUUUCCAGCCUUCUCAGAUUCAAGAGAAUGCAAACUUCUAAAGAAACUUCUAGAGGCCCAUGAGGAGCAAAACGCAGAGGCUUUCACAGAAGCGGUGAAGGAGUUUGACUCCAUCUCACGCCUGGACCAGUGGCACACCACCAUGCUUCUGCGGAUCAAGAAGACCAUUCAGGGCGACGAGGAGGGGGACCUAAAAUGAUCUGGACCACCCACUGCAUGGCACACUCUUUCCCCACUUCCAUUUCACAUCAGUUUUGUGCAAUGGCCAAGUCCAGGUUUCCCAAAACAGUAUGUCAAAAUGUAUUGCUACAACAUUUCUAGAGAAUAUACUUAUAAGCCUGUACUGUUAACAUUGAUAUCCAGUUAUAUAAUAUAGCACAUAUCAAAACUUAGCACAGCAGUUGAAAGAUGUGCUCUGGUUUCCCUGUUGCGUUACGAGGGUAUU